AUGUGCAGAAUGUUUGGUGUACUCUCAUUAGUCUAUGUGGCUAUCUUCAUGAUAACGGUAGUGCAUAGUAGUGAAGAUAGACCUAGCACGGGUAUUGUGGAUUUUCUGGGUAAAGAUGCUAACGUCGGACGUACGUUUGGGCAUAAUGCCUUGAAGCGCCUUUCCUUCAUCUUUCUACCUGUAAUGUUCACGCUGGGGGUAAUUUCUACCCUCCUCAUGGCGUUGGCUGUCAUAUCUGUGAAAAACCUUGCGAUUGGAGUAGUUCUUCUCAUUGUUGCUGUCAGUCAGGCGGUAUCGAGGCUGUUCUCAGUGGCAGCAGCACCUUCACCGCUAGUAUUUCAUCCCAGAGCUGAGUUGCUCCCCGGGCCUGCAUUGCCCGCUCCUUGGCCUGCAUCAGGACCACUUCUAUCACCCUGGGCCAGAUCUGACAACGACGCUACUAUAUCUGAU